AAAAUGAGUGGGGCGGCGCCUGCGCCGUAGCUGCCUGGAGUCGGUGCCCUUAAGACGCCUUUCGCACCUAGACUCUGUCUGUCCGCACAAGCCCGUUUGUGUUCAGGGUCCUGUGCACACGCCUUGCAAGUGACGGCGCCAUGAGUCUGAAUUCCAACAUACGAGUUGAAUGGAUCGCAGCAGUUACCAUUGCUGCUGGGACAGCCGCAAUUGGUUAUCUAGCUUACAAAAGAUUUUAUGUUAAAGAUCAUCGCAACAAAUCUAUGGUCAACCUUCACAUUCAGAAAGACAACCCCAAGAUUGUACAUGCUUUUGAUAUGGAGGAUUUGGGAGAUAAAGCUGUGUACUGUCGCUGUUGGAGGUCCAAAAAGUUCCCAUUCUGUGAUGGAGCUCACACAAAACACAACGAAGAGACCGGAGACAACGUGGGACCUCUGAUCAUUAAGAGAAAAGAAGCUUAAAUCCACAGUUUUGAUGCUGCAAACCAACUUGUCCUUAUUGUUUAAUUAGAAUGACUGCCGCCUCUGUUUAAUUCGCCUUCUCUGGAUUCUAGAUGUGGUGUAUUGCAAACUGUAGCUUUCACAUUCAUGUCAUUUGCCUUACUCGUUGAACCAUCGUGGUGCACAUUUGUUUAAACAAAAAAAAGGAAAAAGUGAAACCAACCUCAUGGCCUGUGGGUUAUUUUGGUUUUGUAAGGAUCCGUUUCUUUACAUUUAAUAUAAUUACAUUAAAAUGUAGUUGUAUG